AUGUUGGCUGUCAGAUUCCACGGCAAAGGCGAUAUCCGCGUGGAUAAAGUAGAGGAGCCAAAAUGCGAGAAAGGCGAGAUCAAGAUGAAACCAGCCUUUGUAGGAAUUUGUGGUAGUGAUCUCCAUGAAUACACCUCGGGCCCAGUUCUUGUUCCUAAAUUGGACCACCCCAUAACGGGAGAGUCAUCUCCGGUAACUAUGGGCCAUGAAUUCAGCGGCAUUAUUGAGGAAGUGGGUGAGGGUGUUACACAUCUCCGACCUGGUCAGAGAGCGGUGGUCCGACCAACAAUAUUUGACAAAGAGUGUGCUGCCUGUACCCAAGGAUCAGAGCAUUGUUGUAAAAAUAUUGGGUUUAUUGGUCUGAGCGGCUAUGGCGGUGGUAUGGCAGAACAUAUUGUCGCACCUGCCGACCACUACUACCCCCUUCCAGAUUCCAUCGCUUUGGAGGAUGCGUCACUCAUCGAACCCCUUGCAGUGGCCUGGCAUGCCGUUGAUCGAUCGCCAUUCAAAGCCAAUGACAACAUACUAGUCCUGGGCGCUGGGCCUAUCGGAAUUGGCACGGUUCAAGUAUUGAAUCUUCAAGGUGCGAAAAACAUAAUCGUCGUUGAGCUUCUACCCAAUCGCAAAGAACUGGCAAAACAGUACGGAGCAACACAUGUUCUCGAUCCUAGAGAAGUGGAUAUCCCCACUGCAGUUCGUGGGCUCACAGAUCAAAAUGGGGUCGAGGUAGUCUUUGAUACGGCAGGGGUGGAGGUUGCUCUUAAUGGAGUCAUCGAGGCGACACGAGUACAAGGUACGAUCGUCAACAUUGCAGUAUGGGAAUCACGCCCUGCAAUUGACGUUAAUGACCUGAUGUACCGAGAGAUAAACUACAUGGGAGCAACUUUGUAUGAUGAGAAUUCUUUCCAACAAGUCAUCAAUGCGUUGCAUUACGGUAUGAAUAGAUCGACAGACCAUGAUUGCAAGAUUCUAACACAACUUCCAGGACAACUUAAGCCACACGGGAUGAUUAGUAACAAGCUCAAACUUCAAGAUGCUGUAGACAAAGGGUUCAAGCAGCUUCUUGAGGCGCGAGAUUCAUAUUGCAAGAUACUUAUUGACCCGCAGUGGACCUAG